GUUCGUUCUUCCCUCUUUCGAAGAUUCAUCCCAUCCCCAAGCAUUUAUCCGAAUCCGGACGGUCACUUGCUACCUUUGCACGGGAAUCAUCGAAGCUCUGGAAUCGUACGAGCAUGUACUGAUUCGUUACAUGGUCAGGGAGCUUCCAGCGUUCAUCUUUUUACCCACCGGGGGCCUGCCAUAAUCGAUGACCACUCGAAAUCACUUUCGGACCAUCUGACACAAUAAGUUUCUCACAGAGGUCAAGCAUAUAUCAAGUUUAACCCAGCGGGUCUCCUAGCACACCCCCAUCCAUGGAACGCUUACUUGACCAUCUUCCCGCGGCCACGACUGCCCUAGCCUUAGCAUUGGGCGGUGCCGCGCUCUACCUGUCGUACUGUUACUACGCCUACCCUUGUCAGCGCUCGAGGCGUCUUCCGCUCCCGCCCGGCCCCAAACCACUCCCGCUGCUGGGGAAUCUGUUCGACCUUUCGCCGGAUUUCUUGUGGGUGGGUAUGACCCAGCUGGCGGAGCGAUUCGAGUCGGACAUCGUGCACCUCAAGACGUUUGGGCAGUCGACCAUCCUGGUUAGCUCCCGCCGGGCUGCGGUGGAGCUGCUAGAGAAGCGCUCUGCGAAGUAUUCCCACAGACCAAGGUUCCCGAUGAUCCUUGAGGUGAUGGGGUGGAACUUCUUUUUUGCUGCAAUCGACUACGGCGAUGCUUGGCGCAUCCACCGGCGGUUUUCAAACGACACCUUCCAUGCCCAAUCUCUGGCCCAGUUCACGCCGCAUCUCGAUACCGCAGUACACGCCCUGCUCUCACGCAUCCGGGAAAAGCCGGAAGAUUUCAUGAAACAUCUGCGCCACAUGGCGGGGCAGAUUAUCAUGAAUGUGACGUAUGGCAUCGAUAUCCAGCCGGAAAGCGACCCGUAUGUCCUGGACGCCCAGCGCGGUGUGCAGAUCCUCACCCGUGCCUCGGUGCCCGGCGCUUACCUUGUGGAUACCCUGCCGAUCCUACGGUACAUCCCAGCAUGGAUGCCUGGUGCGCGAUUCAAACGCCGGGCACAAGAAUGGCACGAGCACCUCCCGAUCCUGACAGACAAGCCGUUCGACGAGGCAAAGCGCCGCAUGGAUUCCGGCACGGCGGGAUACUCAGCCAACCUCUUGGCGUCGGCGCUGUCCCGGAUCGCCGAGUCCACCACCGCCGGUGAGCAGGCUCAGUACCUCGAAGGCAUCGCACGGGGUACCUGUGCGACGAUGUACAUCGCGGGCUCCGACACGACCGUCGUGGCGCUGUCGUGGGUCAUCGCGGCGAUGGUGCUGCAUCCGGAAAUCCAGAAACGUGCGCAGGCGGAACUGGAUGCCGUGGUUGGGACCGCGCGGCUGCCCACGCUCGGCGAUCAGGCGGACCUGCCGUGGGUGUCGGCUUGUGUGAGGGAGAUUCUGCGGUGGAGGCCGCCGGCCCCGAUGGGUAUGCCGCAUGCUUUGGGCCCGGAGGACGACGAGUACGGCGGGUAUAGAAUCCCCGCGGGGGCCAUCAUCGUUAGCAACAUCUGGGCAAUUCUGCACGAUCCAAAUGAUUACCCCAACCCCGACGCGUACAAACCCGAACGCUGGCUCACCCCUGACGGCACGCGCCUGAACCCGGCCAUGGACGACCCCGCUGGUCUGCCCUUUGGAUUCGGCCGACGUGUGUGUCCGGGCCGACACCUCGCCGAGACGUCCGUGUGGCUCGCGACCGCGUGCAUGCUUGCCACGUUCGAUGUCGCGAAGAAGGUCGCGCCGGAUGGGCAGGUCGUCGAACCCGUGUUGGAGUAUGAUCUUGGAGUGCUGGCGGGACUGAAGCCGUUUGAGUGUUCGAUCACGCCCCGGGUUGGAUGAAAGAGAAGCGCCUGGGUUUUGAAAGAUCUAUUUGCGUUGUACAAGAGUGAAACUCAUGUCUAUAGUCUGAUAUGGUGCGAUAUGGUGGG